AUGCACAGUUUGCACUUAAUCGGACUUUGUGUGUCAUAUGAGAUUAAGUUGGUGCUCGCCCAAUUACGUCGGGUAGGGAAACCUCGAGAUCCAGACGGUGUAAAGUUGGUUGAAGGCCUAGCGUUCCUGAUGCUUUACCUCACCAGUUGCCCGAAUCGACUAUUUGCUAUGCGAGAUUGGCAACCUAUGGAUUGUGCGAGUUCGUCAAAUGUCGCCUCUGUGUUCUUUUUCUCGAUUCGAUCGGCUUCGGUCGCCCAAGCUGUCUGCAUUUUGGCCGGCAAACAUCUGACAAUCGAUUCCAGCGUAUGA